AUGGCUCUCGCAUUCCUGUCCGCCGCGCCCGCCAGCGCGCCCCUGGCCCCGCACGCCGCGCCGGGCACAGCGGGCGCAGCCCGGCCCGCCGGGGCCAGCGCGACGAAUGCGGCGCUCGGCGUUUGUGGCGCGCUGGCGGCGGCCGUGGUGGUGAAACGUACGGCCCGCCGCGCACAGGAGAUGGCGACGCUGCCCAAGCACAUGCAGCCGCUGGACACCGCCAAGUACCGCACCUACGCGCCAGGCCCAUCGGGCGUGCCCAAGCUCCCGCAGCUGGUGGGAGACUGGGGCGUUCCGGUGCCGGGAAGCUACAAGGCCUCCCUCACUAUGGUUGGCCCAGACGUGGAGACGGCCUGCGAAGUGGGCAAGCCCUGGGACCCCCUUGGCUUCAGCAAGCUCUACGACCGCAACUUUGACUUCAACGAAAACAUGACCUACCCCCACGUGCAAUGGCUCCGGGAGUCCGAGCUCAAGCAUGGCCGUUGCGCUAUGCUGGCCAUCGUGGGCAUCUUUGCGCAGCAGUCCUUCCACAUCGAUGGGUAUCCGGAGGCGCCUUGGUACGACGCCCUGAAGGUUUGCUAUGACAACCCCGGGGGCAUCGUGGGCUUUGGCAUUGCACAGAUCUCAGCCUUCGCCAUGGUCGUUGAAGGCAAGUACUUCCCCAAGGACUCCUGGAUCGGCCAGAUGGACCGCGAGCCUGGGGAUCUGGGCUUCGACCCCCUGAAGCUGGCGAAGGACGCGGAGUCGAUGAAGAGCAUGCAGCUCAAGGAGUUGAAGAACGGACGCCUUGCCAUGAUGGCCUUCAUGUCCUGCGUGGUGGGCCACUACCUGCCGGGCAGCGUGCCUGGGGUCUCCGCCUUGCCCCAGCCGAAGACGCCGACGGCUUCGCCCGGCGCCGCCUUCUGCGGCUCCACGGCCGCGCCGGCGGAGACUUCGUCCUUGACGGCGGCGAAGUACACCACGCAGACCAUCCUCCCAUCGCUGGCCUGGAUCAAGACAGGCGUGAAGGCGUCUGAGCUGCAGCCCACAGAGCUGCGCGCGCUGACGCUGGCGGGCAAUGAUGUGCUCAUCGGCAAGACCGAGGCGGGCGCACUGUUCUGCGUGGGGAACCUGUGCCCACACAUUGGCACGCCCAUGAGCGAGGGUGCGGACGUCAUCGGCGACGUGAUUGUGUGCCCUUUGCACGGCUCCUCUUUCCAGGUCAGCAACGGGCAGCUCAUUGACUGGUGCGUCUCCCCGCCGAUUAUCGGCCCCCUGACCGGCCUCAUCGUGGAGAAGAAGAACCUGCUCGUUUUCGAGUGCCGCCAGGGCGGCUUCCUGGGCAGCGGAGAGGUCGAGGUGCUGGUGGACACCAAUGCCAAGAAGGCCUACGAGGCGAACUACUGGAAGGGACUUCUUGAUGCGCAGGGCAAGGAUGAUGGCACCUACUACUGA